CUAAAGGGGGAAGUUAAAGGAGAAAAGAACGCAUUAAUUUUAACAGAAAACAAGAACAAAUUCCUGAUUUGGGAGGAAAAUGGCGACAUCGUCUGUUUGGGCACAAGACGUGAUCACGUGUGAUCUUUGUGACAACCCCACCCAGCAGUUCUGUAACAGCUGCCAGGUCAGUUUGUGUGGGGGCUGUAUUAAUAAACAUGUAGAAAGUCUAAAGUCUGAGACACAUGACAUUGUUCCUUUUAAAGACAGAAGAGAACGGCUUGUAUUCUCCUCAUGUGCUUCUCAUCCAAACCAGAAAUGUGAGGGACAUUGCCAAAAAUGCGAUGUCCCCGUCUGCUUCAGAUGUGUCACAGGUGACCACAUCGGCCAUACUGUCAAAGACAUGACAAAGAUUGUACAACAGCUGAAAGAAGAAAUCAAGAAAGAAACUGAAGAAAUUGAUACUUUUAUUUCAAGAUUCGCCAAAAGUGGAGAAAACAUUGAUGAGAAGAUAUCUAAAAUGACAAAAACAUUUAAUGCAAUGGAGAAAGAGGGAGAAAAUCUGAGAAAAACCUGGCAUGAAGAAGUAGACAGUAUUUUCGACACACUACAAUCAACAAUGAGGAAAAUGAAGGAUAGAAGACUCACAGCUCUCAAAGCACAUCAGUCCAGGCUUCAGGAUUCAGUGUCAAAAUUACAACGUGUGGCAAAAGAAAAAAAGAAAUAUCUGAAGUCCAAUAAAGUCUCUGAUGUUAGAAGUUACAAAUCAGAACUAAAGGAAUUGAAGGACAUUCCUAAAGAUGUUGAUGUGAAGAUUCCUUCCUUAAAUAGCAACACAGUUCAGGGGAGAGAACUCAGCAUAGAAUUAGGAGAAUACAAGGCUACACUGACACAGACAUCACUAUCCAGUCUGACAGAUGAAGUCUCCAUUUUACCUGUGCGAAAAUUAUUGGCCAAAGCUAAAAUUAUUGCUAUCAUUCCUUCUGAAAUAAAGUCCUUAGGUCCCAUUAUUUGUAUUGGAACCAAUGAAGCUUGGGCUCGUGGUCUAGACAAAUUCAUAAGACGUAUUGACAUACAUGGAUCUUUGAAGGACAAGAUCGACACCAAAUGUAAAUCGUAUCCCUAUGACAUUUCAGUGACUAGACAGGGAGAACUGAUAUACAGUGAUUAUAACAGAAGAACAGUGAACAUCAUCAGACAGGGGAAGAUAGAGACACUGAUCACUCUACCUCGGGGAUGGCAUCCAGAUGGUCUCUGCUGUACCAGAUCAGGAGACUUACUAGUUAGUAUGUUUACUCAAGUUAGUAUGUUUACUAAAGAUAAAAGGCAUUUCAAAAUAGUCCGCUAUCAGGGACAAACAGCAACACAAGAAAUAGAUAAAGAUGACCGCGGACAAAAUAUAUUUAAAGAUGGAGAAUAUGGAGUCAGUGUUAAAGAGAAUAACAAUGGAGACAUUUGUGCCUCUGAUAUGGAUGCCGAAACAGUGAUAGUGAUGGACAAGACGGGAAGAGUCCGAUUCCGUUAUGAUGGUACACCAGCCAGGAGGAAUAAUCCAUUCCGACCUAUGGACAUUGCCACUGACCCACUCAGCCAGAUCAUUACAAGUGAUGUAAACAAUGACUGUCUUCAUAUCUUAGAUCAAAAUGGAGAGUUUUUAGGAUGUGUUGACAAUUGUGGACUUGUGAAUCCUGUUGGACUGAGUGUGGACACAAAGGGAAGUUUAUGGGUAGGGUGUUUUGAUUCAGGGGAAAUAAAAGUCAUACAGUAUAUGGAGUAAAAAGAAACACCCACUGCGAUUUCUGUAUAAAAUACACUAGUAUUAGUUUUAAAGAAGAUGGACCUGCAAAUUACUUUUAAUUCUAAAUACAAUCAAAUUUAAAUCAUGAACUGAGUAUUUAGAGCAAAACUCUUAAUAUUAUUAAAAAGUGUGCAAUUUAACAAGCAACACUUAUCUAAUCUAUUCAUUUUUUUUAACAAGAUAAAAGAAAAGUAUGAUAGAUUGGAUUGAACGCAAGCUAUGGAAUUCUUGAUUGUCAAUGUUUUGUCGAGGCUAACAGAUUAACCACUAAUGCAAACAACAUGCAAGAAGUAGCGGUAUGUGAAACAUGACCCUUAAAUAACUUGACUUUAUCUCUCGAAAAGUUAUGAACAUUUUUAUUCUCAUAAAUGUGUAUUUUUAGGUAAAUUGGGUCCUUGUUUACUGAAAAUGUAUAUUUUUAUGCAGAUGUGGAAUAUGUAAGUGUUCUUUAAAACAACCUAUUCAUUUGAAAAUGAUUUUGUUAUUCAAUAACAAAAAACAUAUUGACCCACUUUUGUAUGCACAUGGUAUC